AUGCUUAGCAAAAUAUGGUUGACUGUCAUAUCAUCAGUUAUAUUGUAUAUCAUAUAUUUACCAUUGUGCGAAUCAGCAAUCCUGUUCAGGCUUUUAUGUCAAUGGCUUCGAUCUCUUUGCAGUGAUGACCUGGUGGCAGCUGCGCAGGAUUACUCGACAUCAGUAUGUCAUUAUAAUUCCAUUGAUACUACGUCUAGUAGUUUUACCGCAGGAUUAAAAUCUGAAGUUGGAUUAAAAUUGACACGACGAACUUUUUUUGCAAUUAUCUUCUGA